CCCCGGGGAGCGGGGCCCUCCUGGAGAGACCCCUGCCCACACAGCCCCAGCCCCGCUGCCUGACCUGGGCUCUGCUCCCCAGCCUGCUCACACAGCUGCUGAUUUACAAUGCAGAUUCAUCUGGCCUCCCUGCCCGCCCCUGCCCCUCCUCAACUGGGCUGAGAUAGAAGAGGCUGCUCGCUUUCUUAUGCCAAGGGUGGCCGUGGCACAGUGCCCUGCCAUGUGAGAGGUAGAGAUAGAGGAGAGGGGGCCAAGGAGGAGCAAACUGUGCAGCUGCUCUUGCUUCUGGUGGCUGAGGAGCACGUCUGUGGGACAAUGUCAAUGCUCAGCCCCGUCCUGCAGCCCCCGGAGGUGAAGGAGUAUCUGUCCAAGGGUGAGCGCUUCAUCAAGUGGGAUGAUGAAACAGCAAAUGCUUCUCCUGUGAUUCUUCGGGUGGAUCCAAAGGGCUUUUACUUAUACUGGACCCAUCAGAAUAAGGAAAUGGAGAUUCUGGACAUAACCAGCAUCCGAGACACCCGCGUGGGGCGAUUCGCCAAAAUCCCCAAGUGCCAGAAGCUCCGAGAGGUUUUUAACUUGGAUUUCCCUCAGAGCACCUUCCUGCUGAAGACUCUGACCAUUGUGUCUGGCCCUGACAUGGUGGACCUCACUUUCCAUAACUUUGUGUCCUACAAGGAGAAUGUUGGCAAGAGCUGGGCUGAGGAUAUCAUGGCCAUCGUUCGGAACCCCCUGACGUACAACGCCGCUCGCUACACCUUCCUGGAGAAGAUCCUGGUGAAGCUGAAGAUGCAGCUCAAUGCAGAGGGGAAGAUCCCUGUCAGGAAUAUUUUUCAGAUGUUUCCUGCUGACAGGAAGAGGGUGGAAGCAGCAUUAAGUGCCUGUCAUCUUCCCAAGGGCAAGAAUGAUGCCAUCAACCCAGAGGACUUCCCUGAGACUGUGUAUAAAACCUUCCUCAUGAAUCUGUGCCCACGGCCUGAGAUCGAUGAGAUAUUUACCUCUCACCAUUUAAAAGCAAAGCCCUACAUGACCAAAGAGCACUUGGCAAAGUUCAUCAACAAGAAGCAGCGAGACUCUCGCCUCAACGACAUCCUGUUCCCACCAGCCAAACCUGAGCAGGUGCAGAGCCUGAUAGAGAAGUACGAGCCCAGUGGCAUUAACAUCCAGAGAGGGCAGUUGUCUCCAGAGGGGAUGGUUUGGUUUCUCUGUGGCCCCGAGAACAAUGUGGUAGCACUGGAUAAGUUGUUGCUGUACCAGGACAUGACCCAGCCACUCUCACACUACUUCAUCAAUUCCUCACACAACACCUAUUUAACAGCCGGCCAGUUCUCCGGGCUCUCCUCCCCCGAGAUGUACCGGCAGGCGCUGCUGGCCGGCUGCCGCUGCGUGGAGCUCGACUGCUGGAAGGGCCGGCCCCCCGACGAGGAGCCCAUCAUCACCCACGGCUUCACCAUGACAACCGAGAUCCUCUUCAAGGAUGCCAUUGAGGCCAUUGCAGAAAGUGCUUUUAAAACAUCUCUCUACCCUGUCAUCUUGUCCUUUGAGAACCACGUGGACUCGCCCAAGCAGCAGGCGAAGAUGGCCGAGUACUGCCGGAGCAUCUUUGGGGAGAUGCUGCUGACAGAGCCCCUGGAAAAGUACCCGCUGAAGCCAGGCGCUCCUCUGCCCAGCCCCAAGGAUCUCCUGGGGAAAAUCUUGAUUAAGAACAAAAAGAAGCCAUCAGUGUCUGGGAAGAGGCAGAACUCUUUGAAGAAAGGGAAGAGUGUGGAACCAGAAGUCACUGAGCAGCCAGUCCCCGUGGAUGCUGAAGACACUGUCUGGGCAGGUGAUGUGGCUGAAGAGGAACCAGAGGAAGAGGAUGAACAUCUCAGAGACCUGGAUGAAGAGGAGAUUAAAAAGUUGCAGUCAGAUGAGGGCACUGCUGGUCUGGAAGUGACAGCAUAUGAGGAAAUGUCCAGCCUGGUUAAUUACAUCCAGCCCAUCAAAUUCGACUCCUUUGAAGUCUCUGUCCAGAAGAACCGGAGUUACGUCAUCUCCUCCUUCACGGAGCUCAAGGCUUGUGACCUCCUCACCAAGUUCCCUGUGCAGUUUGUGGAGUACAACAAGCGGCAGCUGAGCCGCGUGUACCCCAAGGGCACGCGCAUGGACUCCUCCAACUACCCGCCCCAGACCUUCUGGAACGUCGGCUGCCAGAUGGUGGCUCUCAACUUCCAGACCACGGAUGUGCCCAUGCAGCAGAACAUGGCUCUGUUUGAGUUCAAUGGCCAGUGUGGGUACCUGCUCAAGCACGAGUUCAUGCGGCGCCCGGACAAGCAGUUUGACCCGUUCUGCGUGGACAGGAUCGACGUGGUGGUGGCCACGACCCUGGCAGUCACGAUCCUCUCGGGGCAGUUCCUCUCGGAGCGCAGCGUGAAGACCUUCGUGGAAGUGGAGCUCUUUGGCUUGCCGGGGGACACGAAGCGCAAGUACAGAACCAAGCUGACCUCCACUGCCAACUCCAUCAACCCUGUGUGGAAAGAGGAGGCUUUUGUUUUUGAAAAGAUCAUGAUGCCCGAGCUGGCGUCUCUCAGGAUCGUGGCCUGUGAGGAGGGCGGGAAGUUCAUCGGGCACCGCGUCCUCCCCGUCACCGCUGUGCACUCAGGCUACCACCACGUGUGCCUGCGCAGCGAGGGCAACCUGCCGCUCACCAUGCCCUCGCUCUUCGUCUACCUGGAGGUGAAGGACUAUGUCCCUGAUGCCUGGGCAGAUCUGACUCUGGCUCUCUCCAACCCCAUGAAGUUCAUCCGUCUGCCAGACAAGAGAUCAGAGAAGCUGAAGGAGGGCUCAGCACAGAGGCCUGGCACACAGAGGAACUCGCCACAUGCCGCAGCUAAUGGGAUCCCAGAGUCCCCUGGGACACUCGGCUGUCCUGUCGCCAAUGGGCCCGCAGGGGCAGCGGCGCUGGCCAAGGCUGAGGCUGUGAUGGAGCUGACACAGAUUGCAGAGCCUGAGACUGCCAGCCUGGCAGAACUGCAGCAGAUGAAGCUCUUCCUGAAGCUGCUGAAGAAGCAGGAGAAGGAACUGAGGGAGCUGGAGCGGAAGGGAAGCAAACGGAGGGAGGAGCUGCUGCAGAAGUACUCUGUGCUGCUUUCAGAGCCUGUCUGCUAUGGGAGCAAGAAAAGGAUGAUACCCAGUAGGAAAACCCAGAAGAAGAGGAGUCCCCCAGCUGGUGACCUUGGCACCUGUGCAGAUCCUGUAGAAGCGACAGAAAGCAGCGAGAGCAGAGUUGGGGAUCUGAGAGAGAGGCUGGAGCUGGACCUCACCCAGCUGAGGGAGGAGCACCACGAGGGGAUCAGGAGGAAGAAGGAGCAGCAUGCCACGGAGCAAGUGACCAAGAUCAUGGAGCUGGCCCGGGAGAAGCAGACAGCUGAGCUCAAGGCACUGAAGGAGGCAUCAGAAAGCACUAUUAAAGACAUCAAGAAGAAGCUGGAGGCAAAGAGAGUGGAGCGGAUCCAAAGCAUGCAGAGGAGCACCAGCGACAAGGCUGCUCAGGAGAGGCUGAAGAAAGAAAUUAACAACUCUCACAUCCAGGAAGUGGUGCAAACAAUCAAACUGGUGAUGGAAAAGACAGCCAGGUGUCAGCAGAAACUGGAAGAGAAGCAGGCAGACAACCUGAAAACAAUCAAGGAGAAAGAAGGGCAGCUGCGGCGGGAGGCCUGGGCAGAGUACCAGGAGAGGCUGAAGAGCCUGAGCAUGGAGGUGCAGGAGGUGGUGAGGAACUACACGAAAAGGGGCUUUCCUGGAGAGCCAGAGACUCAGGAGGAAGCAGCUCAGAGCGUUCCUGAGCAAGGCUCUGCACAACAACUGGAAACAAAGACCCCAGUGGCCGAGGCGUUGGCGGUUCCAGGAGCCACCCCACAGCCCCCAGGAGCUGCCACAGAUGCUGAGAUUGAAGAAAGCAGAUUCUGAGAUGCUUCCCUUACUGUUCCACUUCAGGGUUUAUGGAGGUAUAUAGUGAAGUUUAAGAGCAGCUUGACAAACUCCUGCCAUCCCUUCCCACUCUGGGGACCUCCUGAGAUCUUCCAGGAAUGAACUGCUUGUUGUCCUUGGUGCUGGAAGGCUGAAGGGAUACUGAGAACUCACCUUCAGAGAGUUCCUCUCUCUCUGCCCCAGCCUUGGCACUGAGGUAUUUAAGCAGCAUGAAAGGGCCUGUGGCUGAAGGACAGGCCUGUGCUUGGGGGCCACAGCAGCAGCUCCAUUCCUAGCUUGGUCUGGAUUCAGACUUCAGUUUGUAGAGUAAGUUCCCUCGUCAUUCAUCACGUGCAUCACUUGAGAGCAGUCUCAGAGCUGGAGCCCUUUGAGGAGGAGUUAACUGAGACACUGCAGGGUGCUCCUGCCAGCUGAGAUAAAGACCCUGAAAUACACCCAGGGGUGGGUGGCAGGUGCUCAGCAAUAACUUGCCUCUAAAGAAGUGCCACUUCUCUGGCAACACUACCUGCUCAGGCAGCCACAGCCUGUGCUUGCAGGAGGGAAGGGCAGUUGGACAGAACUUCAGACCAUGCACAACCAGCCACGCUGCAGCAUCACCCCUCAGCUUGGCCUCAGGUGUCUGUCCUGGCUGGCAGCAUCAGCUCAGCACGUGGGGCUGGGAGGGGACACACCACUGCUCCAGCCUGGGGAGUGCUGCUGCCAAACACCAAGCCACAGCUGAGGGAAGAUGCUCCAGUGCCUGCAGAGCCCCUGGCUGGGAGAGGACACUGGGCUUCUGUGGUGUACAUUUCUGACUUAUUUAUUUUCUGAGAAGCAAACCAUGACAUAAACCACUGCCUUUCUUAAA